AUGUUGAUACAAGUGUUGAAACUUCCUACAGCAGUUCCAAGUCAUCAGGAGGAAAAUGGAGGCAUGGUCAUCAGUGACAAAUGUGAGGCUAUAAGAAUACCUUUAUGUAAAAAUCUGCCAUAUAACAUGACGAUUGUUCCAAACCUACUCAACCACGAUUCACAAGAAGAAGCCGGUCUUGAAGUUCACCAAUUCUUCCCUCUUGUCGAAAUACAAUGUUCUCCAGAUAUUCAGACUUUCUUAUGCAGUGUUUAUGUCCCGGUUUGUAACGCUCUAGGACGGCCAAUUCUUCCCUGCCAAAGACUUUGUGUUUCUGCAAGGGCUGGUUGUGAAAAUAUAAUGAACCAAUAUGGUUUUCAGUGGCCAACAUCUUUAGAAUGUGGCAAGUACCCUGAUGGUACAGAAUGUUGGGAUGGCAAUGCACUGUCUCUUUCCAGCAGCAGUGUUGGAACAAGCCAAACACCACCACCUAAAGAUCUGCCAAGUACUUCUAAAUGUGAGCCUCUUUCAGUACCUUUGUGUAAGAGUAUGAGUUACAACCAAACAAUUUUUCCAAACUUAUUGAGCCACACUUCUCAAGCUGAAGCUGCUCGAGAACUGGAACAGUUCAUUCCUCUUUUACGUAGCAAGUGUUCACCUCAUCUGGAACUCUUCCUGUGCAGCAUGUAUGCCCCUGUGUGUACAAUCCUUGAGAAACCUAUCCCACCUUGUAGAAACCUUUGUGUGACCUUGAGGAGGGAUUGUGCAGACACAAUUAGAGGGCUAGGACUGUCUUCGUCAGACAUAUUUGAAUGUGAAAGAUAUCCAUCAGAAAACGUAUGUGUAGGUGAUGUUGAUACAAGUGUUGAAACUUCUACAGCAGUUCCAAGUCAUCAGGAGGAAAAUGGAGGCAUGGUCAUCAGUGACAAAUGUGAGGCUAUAAGUAUACCUUUAUGCAAAGAUCUGCCAUAUAACAUGACGAUUGUUCCAAACCUGCUCAACCACGAUUCACAGGAAGAAGCCGGUCUUGAAGUUCACCAGUUCUUUCCUCUCGUCAAAGUGCAGUGUUCUCCAGAUCUACAGAACUUCUUAUGCAGUGUUUAUGCCCCGGUUUGCAAUGCACUAGGACGGCCAAUUCCUCCCUGCCAAAAACUUUGUGUUUCUGCAAGGGAUGGUUGUGAAAGUCUAAUGAACAAGUUUGGCUUUCAGUGGCCAGCCUCUCUAGACUGUGGCAAGUACCCGGACGGUACAGAGUGUUGGGAUGGCAAUGCACUGUCUCUUUCCAGCAGCAGUGUUGGAACAAGCCAAACACCACCACCUAAAGAUCUGCCAAGUACUUCUAAAUGUGAGCCUCUUUCAGUACCUUUGUGUAAGAGUAUGAGUUACAACCAAACAAUUUUUCCAAACUUAUUGAGCCACACUUCUCAAGCUGAAGCUGCUCGAGAACUGGAACAGUUCAUUCCUCUUUUACGUAGCAAGUGUUCACCUCAUCUGGAACUCUUCCUGUGCAGCAUGUAUGCCCCUAAACCUUUGUGUGACCUUGAGGAGGAUUGUGCAGACACAAUUAGAAGGCUAGGACUGUCUUCGUCAGACAUAUUUGAAUGUGAAAGAUAUCCAUCAGAAAACGUAUGUGUAGGUGAUGUUGAUACAAGUGUUGAAACUUCCACAGCAGUUCCAAGUCAUCAGGAGGAAAAUGGAGGCAUGGUCAUCAGUGAUAAAUGUGAGGCUAUAAGAAUACCUUUAUGUAAAAAUCUGCCAUAUAACAUGACGAUUGUUCCAAACCUACUCAACCACGAUUCACAAGAAGAAGCCAGUCUUGAAGUUCACCAGUUCUUUCCUCUCGUCAAAGUGCAGUGUUCUCCAGAUCUACAGAACUUCUUAUGCAGUGUUUAUGCCCCGGUUUGCAAUGGACUAGAACAGCCAAUUCCUCCAUGUCGAAGAUUGUGUAUAUCUGCAAGAAGGGGCUGCAAAACUCUGAUGAAAAGGUUUGGUUUCCGGUGGCCAGAAUCCCUGAAAUGUAACAGAUUCCCAGAAGGGACAAAUUGUUGGGAUGGAGAGACAGCAAUGCACUCUGCUAGCCACUCAGAAGUAGAAGCUUCUCUGAAUGUAGCAGACACCCAGUUUCCAGAGGAUAAAUGUGAACUAAUUACUAUACCAAUGUGCAAGAACUUGAACUAUAAUUUCACAAUCCUUCCAAACUUGCUUAAUCAUGAUUCACAAGAAGAAGCCGGUCUUGAAGUUCACCAAUUCUCCCCUCUUAUCGAAAUACAAUGUUCUCCAGAUAUUCAGACUUUCUUAUGCAGUGUUUAUGUCCCGGUUUGUAACGCACUAGGACGGCCAAUUCCUCCUUGCCAAAGACUUUGUGUUUCUGCAAGGGCUGGUUGUGAAAAUAUAAUGAACCAAUAUGGCUUUCAGUGGCCAACAUCUUUAGAAUGUGGCAAGUACCCUGAUGGUACAGAAUGUUGGGAUGGCAAUGCACUGUCUCUUUCCAGCAGCAGUGUUGGAACAAGCCAAACACCACCACCUAAAGAUCUGCCAAGUACUUCUAAAUGUGAGCCUCUUUCAGUACCUUUGUGUAAGAGUAUGAGUUACAACCAAACAAUUUUUCCAAACUUAUUGAGCCACACUUCUCAAGCUGAAGCUGCUCGAGAACUGGAACAGUUCAUUCCUCUUUUACGUAGCAAGUGUUCACCUCAUCUGGAACUCUUCCUGUGCAGCAUGUAUGCCCCUGUGUGUUCAAACCUUGAUAAACCUAUCCCACCUUGUAGAAACCUUUGUGUGACCUUGAGGAAGGAUUGUGCAGACACAAUUAGAGGGCUAGGACUGUCUUCGUCAGACAUAUUUGAAUGUGAAAGAUAUCCAUCAGAAAACGUAUGUGUAGGUGUUGAUACAAGUGUUGAAACUUCUACAGCAGUUCCAAGUCAUCAGGAGGAAAAUGGAGGCAUGGUCAUCAGUGACAAAUGUGAGGCUAUAAGUAUACCUUUAUGCAAAGAUCUGCCAUAUAACAUGACGAUUGUUCCAAACCUGCUCAACCACGAUUCACAGGAAGAAGCCGGUCUUGAAGUUCACCAGUUCUUUCCUCUCGUCAAAGUGCAGUGUUCACCAGAUCUACAGAACUUCUUAUGCAGUGUUUAUGCCCCGGUUUGCAAUGCACUAGGACGGCCAAUUCCUCCCUGCCGAAAACUUUGUGUUUCUGCAAGGGAUGGUUGUGAAAGUCUAAUGAACAAGUUUGGCUUUCAGUGGCCAGCCUCUCUAGAAUGUGGCAAGUACCCGGACGGUACAGAAUGUUGGGAUGGCAAUGCACUGUCUCUUUCUAGCAGCAGUGUUGGAACAAGCCAAACACCACCACCUAAAGAUCUGCCAAGUACUUCUAAAUGUGAGCCUCUUUCAGUACCUUUGUGUAAGAGUAUGAGUUACAACCAAACAAUUUUUCCAAACUUAUUGAGCCACACUUCUCAAGCUGAGGCUGCUCGAGAACUGGAACAGUUCAUUCCUCUUUUACGUAGCAAGUGUUCACCUCAUCUGGAACUCUUCCUGUGCAGCAUGUAUGCCCCUGUGUGUACAAUCCUUGAUAAACCUAUCCCACCUUGUAGAAACCUUUGUGUGACCUUGAGGAGGGAUUGUGCAGACACAAUUAGAAGGCUAGGACUGUCUUCGUCAGACAUAUUUGAAUGUGAAAGAUAUCCAUCAGAAAACGUAUGUGUAGGUGAUGUUGAUACAAGUGUUGAAACUUCCACAGCAGUUCCAAGUCAUCAGGAGGAAAAUGGAGGCAUGGUCAUCAGUGACAAAUGUGAGGCUAUAAGAAUACCUUUAUGUAAAAAUCUGCCAUAUAACAUGACGAUUGUUCCAAACCUACUCAACCACGAUUCACAAGAAGAAGCCAGUCUUGAAGUUCACCAGUUCUUUCCUCUCGUCAAAGUGCAGUGUUCUCCAGAUCUACAGAACUUCUUAUGCAGUGUUUAUGCCCCGGUUUGCAAUGGACUAGAACAGCCAAUUCCUCCAUGUCGAAGAUUGUGUAUAUCUGCAAGAAGGGGCUGCAAAACUCUGAUGAAAAGGUUUGGUUUCCGGUGGCCAGAAUCCCUGAAAUGUAACAGAUUCCCAGAAGGGACAAAUUGUUGGGAUGGAGAGACAGCAAUGCAUUCUGCUAGCCACUCAGAAGUAGAAACUUCUCUGAAUGUAGCAGACACCCAGUUUCCAGAGGAUAAAUGUGAACUAAUUACUAUACCAAUGUGCAAGAACUUGAACUAUAAUUUCACAAUCCUUCCAAACUUGCUUAAUCAUGAUUCACAAGAAGAAGCCGGUCUUGAAGUUCACCAAUUCUCCCCUCUUAUCGAAAUACAAUGUUCUCCAGAUAUUCAGACUUUCUUAUGCAGUGUUUAUGUCCCGGUUUGUAACGCACUAGGACGGCCAAUUCCUCCUUGCCAAAGACUUUGUGUUUCUGCAAGGGCUGGUUGUGAAAAUAUAAUGAACCAAUAUGGCUUUCAGUGGCCAACAUCUUUAGAAUGUGGCAAGUACCCUGAUGGUACAGAAUGUUGGGAUGGCAAUGCACUGUCUCUUUCCAGCAGCAGUGUUGGAACAAGCCAAACACCACCACCUAAAGAUCUGCCAAGUACUUCUAAAUGUGAGCCUCUUUCAGUACCUUUGUGUAAGAGUAUGAGUUACAACCAAACAAUUUUUCCAAACUUAUUGAGCCACACUUCUCAAGCUGAAGCUGCUCGAGAACUGGAACAGUUCAUUCCUCUUUUACGUAGCAAGUGUUCACCUCAUCUGGAACUCUUCCUGUGCAGCAUGUAUGCCCCUGUGUGUUCAAACCUUGAUAAACCUAUCCCACCUUGUAGAAACCUUUGUGUGACCUUGAGGAGGGAUUGUGCAGACACAAUUAGAGGGCUAGGACUGUCUUCGUCAGACAUAUUUGAAUGUGAAAGAUAUCCAUCAGAAAACGUAUGUGUAGGUGUUGAUACAAGUGUUGAAACUUCUACAGCAGUUCCAAGUCAUCAGGAGGAAAAUGGAGGCAUGGUCAUCAGUGACAAAUGUGAGGCUAUAAGUAUACCUUUAUGCAAAGAUCUGCCAUAUAACAUGACGAUUGUUCCAAACCUGCUCAACCACGAUUCACAGGAAGAAGCCGGUCUUGAAGUUCACCAGUUCUUUCCUCUCGUCAAAGUGCAGUGUUCACCAGAUCUACAGAACUUCUUAUGCAGUGUUUAUGCCCCGGUUUGCAAUGCACUAGGACGGCCAAUUCCUCCCUGCCGAAAACUUUGUGUUUCUGCAAGGGAUGGUUGUGAAAGUCUAAUGAACAAGUUUGGCUUUCAGUGGCCAGCCUCUCUAGAAUGUGGCAAGUACCCGGACGGUACAGAAUGUUGGGAUGGCAAUGCACUGUCUCUUUCCAGCAGCAGUGUUGGAACAAGCCAAACACCACCACCUAAAGAUCUGCCAAGUACUUCUCUUCCAGGGCCUAAAUGUGAGCCUCUUUCAGUACCUUUGUGUAAGAGUAUGAGUUACAACCAAACAAUUUUUCCAAACUUAUUGAGCCACACUUCUCAAGCUGAAGCUGCUCGAGAACUGGAACAGUUCAUUCCUCUUUUACGUAGCAAGUGUUCACCUCAUCUGGAACUCUUCCUGUGCAGCAUGUAUGCCCCUGUGUGCACAAUCCUUGGGAAACCUCUUCCUCCUUGUAGAAACCUUUGUCUGACCAUGAGAAGGGAUUGUGAGGACCCUAUUAGAAAACUUGGGUCGUCUUGGCCAGAAGUAUUUGAAUGUGAAAGAUUUCCGCCAGAAAACGUUUGUGUAGGUGAUAUUGGUAAAAGUGUUGACACUUCUACAUCUCCAUCACCAUCAACAGUUCAUCCAAGUACCCAGCUUCCGGGACCCAAAUGUGAGCCUCUUUCAGUGCCUUUGUGUAAGGGUGUUAAUUACAACCACACCAUUAUUCCAAACUUAUUGAGUCACAGUUCUCAAGCUCAGGCUGCUCUGGAGAUGGAACAAUUCAUUCCUCUUUUACGUAGCAAGUGUUCACCUCAUAUGGAAUUCUUCCUGUGCAGUGUUUAUGCCCCUGUGUGCACAAUCCUUGAGAAACCUCUUCCUCCUUGUAGAAGCCUUUGUGUGACCUUGAGGAGGGAUUGUGCAGACACAAUUAGAAGGCUUGGAUUGAUUUGGUCAGAAAUAUUUAGAUGUGAAAGAUUUCCAUCCCAAAAAAUGUGCUUAAGUGUUGUUGGCAGAAAUUAAUCAAGAAGAAAAUAGAAGCAUGUUAAUCAGUAACAAAAGUGAAGCUUUAAACAGUAACUCUUCUUGUCCUGAUCAUUUACGAUUUGCACCGACAUGCUGAUUUAGUUCAUCAGUUUUUCCUUUUUGUUAAGAUGUAAUGUUCUCUAUAUUUCCAAAACUACUUAAGUGUUUAUGUCCUGCCUUGUAGCCCACAAAAGCGAGAAGGGGCUGCAAAAGUCUGAUGGAUAGUUUACUUUCCAAUGUUCAACAUCCCUGACAGAUGUCCGGAUGGAAGGAACUGAUGGUAAGAUGAACCAUGUUGAUAAAAGGGAACCCAUUAUAUUAUUGUGCAAGACCUUGACCUUCAAUUAUGCUGUCUUCCCGAAUCAGCAUUCACAGAAAGAGGCUAGUUUAGUUUUCCAAAACUCCAGACCCCAGUUUGUAACUCAUUACGAUGGCCAUUUCCUCACUGCUAAAUUUGUGUUCCUGCAGAAGAUAAGAUAAAUGUUAGAUAAAUACUUAUAACUGUAUUAUGGCCAUCUCAAUAGUUUUACAAUAAGUAUAUAUUACAAUGUACACGAGUGUUGCUCCUAGAUUUUUUUUUUGUUUGUUUAUAAAACACAAUAGAUAACAUGAAUUUUCAGUUGUGUUGAAAUCAAGAUGAAGCUCUUAAAAUCUUACUGAAGAUGUUGGGAGAAAAAAAAAGAAACUGGUCUAAAACAUACCCAAUUCAUCUAAAGGAGAACGGAGGGAUGCAUAAUAGUGAAAACAUGUGGCUGCAGAGGUGUCUUACAACAUGACAAUUCUUCAAAACCUACCUAGUUAUACGACACAACAAGCAAGUCUGGAAAUCCACCUGUUCUCCUGCCUGAUGAGGGUACAGUGUUCCCCUUGUCUCCAUGAUGCAUUGUGCAAUGCCCCAGCCAGGCUCUGGCCGAUUCCUACGUGUCAGGGCAUUAGUGUUUCCACAUAUGAAGGCUUUUGAGGAAAUCGGACGAGCAAAAUUGGGAUCCUGGGCCGGAAUUUGGUAAAUAUGUCGAUGAGAGGAACUACUGAGAUGUCUUCACCUCCUGCGAAAUGAGAGGCAAUUAGCAUUCAAAAGUGAUUUUGCUAACACAGCAAAAAAAAAAAAGAAAAAGAAAAAUUAGCUUCAACCCUUUGAUUAUCGGUUUGCUAAGUGUAGCUUUGUUAUGAGAUUGUGUUUUUGCUUAAUUUUCUUUAGGGUCAUCCAUUUUUUUUAAAUGUUCAUGAGCGUAUAAA